AUGCCUUACCACGCCAAACGUUUUGAUCUUGACUGCGUUAUUCGCACGCUGGACAAGGUACCCUUUUCACCUCCGUUCCUUGUCAUCCUUCCUGUCGUUGCCCUUUUCCUGGGCAACCGCGGCCAGUCGCUCAAUACUGUAUUGCAGCGUGCCGCCAAUCUUUCGACAUGGCAGGAUCUUCUCUGCGUGCGCUUCAGGUGCAUUAGCUACAUGAUGCUUUUCAUCCUGAUCAAGACUGUCAGCCGCUUCUUUUCUCUUCGCGCUGAGAACAACUAUGUCCCGCAGCGUGACCCGCCGAACUGGAGCCAGGAUGUCGUUGCGAUUACCGGAGGUGCUACUGGUAUUGGCAAAGACAUUGUCGAGACGCUCUCGAAGAAGUGCAAGGCCCGCAUUGCCGUGCUCGACAUUGCCGAGCCGACCUACGCGCAAGCCGCGCCGGGCUCUCCGCCAAUCCUUUGGAUCCAGACCGAUGUGACCAGCGCCGAUGCAAUUGCUGCCGCCCACCAAAAGAUCAAGGAAGUGUUUGGCACUUCGCCCUCGAUCGUGAUCGGCUGUGCCGGCAUCGCGACCGGCGGCCCGAUGCUUACUACGAGCUCUGCCCUGGUCAAGAAGACGUUCGAGAUCAACUCGCUUCAGCACAUUCUCCUGGCCAAAGAGUUUGUGCCGUUCAUGGCCAAGAACAACCACGGUCACUACGUCACUGUCGCUAGCUCUGCUUCGCACUACACUCCUCCUAUGAUGUCUGCCUACUGCAUGUCCAAGGCUGCUGCGCUCGCCUUCCACGAGGAGCUCCGUGUCGAGCUUCGUGUUGCGUACAACGCUCCUCGUGUCCGUACUUCGGUCGUCACUCCGACCAAGGUGCGUACGCUGCUUGGCCACGCCUUGAAGGACACGGACAACAGCUUCGUUGCCCCUACUCUGGAGCCUCUCGAGGUCGCUACGGCGAUUACCGAUGCUAUUGAAGAAGGCCGCUCGCACACGAUUUCGCAGCCGAUGAUGACCAAGAUGCUGCCGUUCGCGCGCGCAUUUCCGGAAUGGUACCGCACUAUCCUUGCUGCCGUCGGCAAGACGGACGGUGCCGUCACCGCCGAGUCGAUCCGCAGUGGUCUCCAGGCUGGCUACGGCAAGAACUGGUCGAAGGAAGACUUUGACAACAUCCUUGGCGAAAUGGUCGCCCAAUAUGGCAAAACAGAUUAG